UUAAACCCGGUUUCCGUCAAAAAAAAAGAAAAAAAGAAACAGAACAGAUAGAUUACAUUUACAGAGAAGGGAUUCUGAAUAACUAGUUAGGGUUUUGAAUUGUAAUUUCCUUUCAGAGCCGAGAGCUCUGAAAUCAAAUUAUUCGCAAUAUUGACCCAUUAAGAAAUUACAAUGGAAGGCGGUGAUUAUCAGGCGUUUAAUGUUAAUUUCAGUGUUGAUGGAGCAGCAAAGUUGAAGGAAAGAGUGAAUCAAAAGUUACAGGAGUUCAUGGGCGACUACACUGACGACACUCUUGUGGAAUACGUUAUCGUGUUACUCAGAAAUGGCAGACACAAAGAAGAGGCAAAGAAUGAGCUGAAUGUGUUUUUGGGGAGCGACAGUGAUUCUUUUGUAAAUUGGUUGUGGGAUCAUUUAUCUUCAAAUUUGCAUCUGUAUGUUCAACCACAAGAGCAUUAUCUGGAUGGAGAUCGUAAGGGAACUGUUACAUCUGGGGAUGAAGUUGGAAACAACGAUGCACAUCCUUUUGAUAUUGAUCUGGAAACGAACAAGUCCAUAAAGGAACCUAAGAGCCGGCGUAAUAGAGAAUGGAAAGGAUUGGUGAGGGAUGUAGCUGAACCACCCCGUCUUCGGAGCUCUGAGGUGGAGAGUUUUCAUGUGGAGGAGAAAACUCAUCACAAAGUUAGUCAUCUAAAACGAUCUCAUUCUCCCCAACCUCCUGUCCAGAAAAAACGGAGUAGGCAGGAUGAGCGACAGUCCAAGAGGGAAGUACCUUCCCAUCCGAGAAUGAAAGCUCCUAGCCGUCUGCUUCAGUUUGCUGUUAGAGACGCCGUGGGAACUAUAAGGUCACCAAUCUUGAAAGCGGAACCCACCGUAAAGCGUCUUUGGUCAGUGGUUUCUACGUCAUCUGGGGAUACAUUUCAGGAACACACACAUUCACAGGGGAUAAGAUCUGUUGCAAGAAUGUCUGGUGCAAUGGCAACUGCUAUGAAAGCUUCAGCUGAGGCUGCAGAAGAUGUUUCUAAAGUUAAAGGAGUUAAAGGUUCUAAUGUGUUUGACCGACUAGGGCAUGAUAUGGAGGCAUUGGAGAUGACUAAUCAGAAACUUGAUUCCAGCAGAGCCUUGACGGCAGAUGAGCAUUAUGAAGAUUUUGAUCACAUGCAGCAAGUGGACCAUCCCAGUUAUAUUCGAAGUGAAGAUAGUGGAGAAAAUAUGACAAUGUUGGACAUGAAAACCAACAGAGCAGAUGACUAUAAUUCGGAUGCGGAAUAUGGAAACAUCAAUGGUGUUGGACACAGAGCUGUGAAGGCUUCUAGAUCUGGCACAUCUCUUGGAAACAAAGAGGAUAGCUCACUAACUGUGCAAUGCAGUGUAGCUAAUAAGAAGGAUGAUGUUAUAAGGAGAAGGGUAAAAACUCAGAAUCCAUCUUCUGCAGUACCAAAUGCUUCUCGUAAAAUUGUGAAUAUAUCUGUGAAUGUAAAUACAUGGAAACCGCCACAUUAUCAGGCUUCACGAGAUAUUUCAGAAAUGGAGCAUCUGAAAGCUAAGAUUCAGGAGAAUGAAGUUGCAGCAAGAACUGUUGGUGUUCGUGUCAUGAAAGAGAAUAACACCACCAUGGCGGUAAAUGAAAAUGAACAACCUGGUUUUAAUAUGCACAAAGAGUCUCAAGUGAACCUGUCAUCUACUCCUGGUUCAUUUUCUGCUGGUCGUGUUCCAGAGGAUGCUGAUAGUCGGGCCAUUUUUGUUAACAAUGUCCAUUUUGCUGCCACGAAGGACAGUCUUUCUCUCCAUUUCAGUAAGUUUGGAGAGGUGCUCAAAGUCGUUAUAUUGACAGAUGCCACCAGUGGGCUUUCAAAAGGGUCCGCAUACAUAGAAUUCACACGCAAAGAGGCAGCGGAUCUGGCUCUCUCUCUGGAUGGCACCUCCUUUAUGUCACGUAUUCUCAAGGUUGUGAAGAAAAGCUCAGCCUCUCUAGAAGUAAGUCCUGCUAUGACUAGGCCACAUGUUGUGCAUGCCUCUCCAUUUCUUGCUGCAAGAGUUCCAAGAGUUCCUUUUCCAAGGGCUCACGCUGCUGCGUUCAGACCCCGUCUUCCUGUCAAAACCGGUGCUCGGAGCUUGCAGUGGAAACGUGAACAUCCUGAGGGCUCUACCAAUCCUCGGAUUGGUGUUCCUCUCUCUGCAAAUAAUGUUCCAUCUCCUACUGCUAGAAGUCUUACUUAUGUUCGUUCAGAGGCUAAACCUGUUGGAAAUUCAGGGAAUCCAUAACUUGAAUCCGCAUUCAUUUUGUUCCCAGGAUGUACCAACUUCUACUGUGCGGAAUCCCAAUUACCUGUUGAAUAUGGCUGGGAUGGUCGGGUGUCAAAGAUAUACACGGUCUUCACUUGGUAGCCAGUUUUACAUUGAAGAUUUGCUUUGAAGAAGUGGAGCAGGAAUUGCUGAAAACCUUUCUCUGCAGAAAAAGGCAAGGAAGAUUUUUUGUUUAGCUCUAGUACAAAGAUACGGAGAAGUGGGUGAUGGAAGAAAAUGCUUGGAUAUUACUGUUAUCAUUCUUUUGGUACACGAGCUUGGGACUUUAUUUGAGAGAGAAUUAAGAAGGAAAAAAAAAAUUAGGUGAUAAUUUGGUGUUGAGUGGUGAAUGUGGAAAUUUUUAAACACUAGAAUCAUUUGGCAGCUUCAAGGAAAAAAAAAGGAAUAUAAGAAAAUGCAUUUAUUUACUGUAGAUCAUACUUUCUCUUCUGUUCUUUAAAUGGUGAUUUGAGCUGAUCUAAGCUCAGAGAUCUUUUCUUUAAAUCGAGUGAAUUUGAUAGU